CUCGCGGUCCGAAUGUUUGACACCCCUGAGCUAGAGUGAUCUUUGUGAAUUUCAGUGUGAUAUGCAUCAAUUAAAUCAAAAUUGGGAAUACUUUGAAUGGGGGCAAGUUGUCAUUGGGAAAUAUCAAAGAAACAAUUUAUUGCACUCAACUUUCUGCAAACAGCAGCCGACUAUAUCAUUAUUUUAUAAUGGAAACCGAAACCUGCGAGGCAGCGAGGGAAAAACGAAUCUCAAUUUGAGGGGCGGGGCGGGGCAGAUCAGAUGUUAAAUAGACUGCUCAGAUGUACACUGACAGAGCUAUCAUCAUCUUUCAUCGGAUGAGUUUCAAUUGUCAGCAUACGGAUUUACCAACAGUAUUUCUUAAAACAAACUUGCAAGACUUCACAACAACUCCUCAACAAUAUCUACUGAACAUAUAUCUAUCAUGGAACUCACUAUAACACUUUUGAACGGGAACUCACUUCCCCUGACAGUUCAGCCACACACCACUGUGGGGUCUCUCAAGAGUUUGAUUGAAGAACACUUUAAAGUGGCCACAACAAAGCAGAGGCUGUUAGGUGUCAAUGGGAGCAACAUCAGUCUCAGCGAUGAUUCAAAAACUUUGAGCGACUACGGCCUGCAUUCAGGAUCUAAAGUGAUGGUGCUGAUUACGGAGCCCGCUCCUAUCCAGGUGUUCCUGAAAAACGAAAAGGGCCAGACACACACAUAUGAUGUGGUGCCUGGUGAGACUGUAACCCAGUUCAAAGCCAAGGUACAAAACAAGGAGGGAGUCCCUGCCAACCAACAGAGGCUGAUUCAUGAGGGUAGGCAGCUCGAGGAUUGCCAGACGCUGGAGUACUACAACAUCAGAAAUCAAAGCACCAUCCAUCUGACGCUCCGUCUAAGGGGAGGCUGAAGAAACCCAGUAUCGACCUGAAACCACCUGUCACAUGAAGCCCUUAACUUAUUAUGCAUUCCAUGUCUAUAGAGAAAAAGCAAUCAAUCUUGAACAAAAAUGUGAAUUGUUCUACAUUUGUAUUCAAUUGUAAACAUUAAAUUAAGCAUGGCUGAUAUAGGCAUAUAUUAAUGAGAUUGUUAUCAAGUAAUAAACAUGUAUAAAACUA